AUGGAGACUGAACAGCAGGAGGAGACCUUUACCAACACAGAGACAAAUGGCAAACGUCCUGCAGAAGAUAUGGAGGAAGAGCAGGCCUUCAAGAGGUCUCGGAACACCGAUGAGAUGGUUGAGCUGCGCAUCUUGCUUCAGAGCAAAAAUGCUGGAGCAGUGAUUGGAAAAGGUGGCAAAAAUAUUAAAGCGCUUCGUACAGACUACAAUGCCAGUGUUUCAGUCCCAGACAGCAGUGGCCCCGAGCGGUAUGUCCCAAUUUCUACCUUCUACAAUUCAAUUGGAGAAAUCUUGAAGAAGAUUAUCCCUACUUUAGAAGAGUAUCAACACUACAAAGGGAGCGACUUCGACUGCGAGUUGAGACUUCUCAUUCACCAGAGUUUGGCAGGAGGCAUUAUUGGUGUCAAGGGUGCUAAGAUUAAAGAACUCAGAGAGAAUACUCAAACCACCAUUAAGCUCUUCCAGGAGUGUUGUCCUCAUUCUACUGACAGAGUGGUGCUUAUUGGUGGUAAACCUGAUAGAGUUGUUGAAUGUAUCAAGAUUAUCUUGGAUCUUAUCUCUGAGUCUCCAAUUAAAGGACGGGCCCAGCCGUACGAUCCCAAUUUCUACGAUGAAACAUAUGACUACGGUGGCUUCACAAUGAUGUUUGAUGACAGAAGGGGACGUCCAGUAGGCUUCCCGAUGCGUGGAAGGGGAGGUUUUGAUCGCAUGCCCCCUGGUCGUGGCGGGCGGCCUAUGCCUCCCUCAAGAAGAGAUUAUGAUGAUAUGAGCCCUCGCAGAGGACCUCCACCACCUCCACCUGGUCGUGGUGGGAGAGGUGGCAGCAGAGCCCGUAAUCUUCCUCUUCCUCCACCACCACCUCCUCGUGGCGGAGAUCUGAUGUCCUAUGACCGAAGAGGCAGACCAGGAGACCGUUACGAUGGCAUGAUGAUGCAGUGUCAUGUGGAUGCCUGUGAUGACAUGCAGCCACCAGAGCUGUUUGAGGGUGGCUCUGGUUAUGAUUAUUCUUACGCAGGGGGACGUGGUUCAUAUGGAGAUCUUGGUGGACCCAUCAUCACAACACAAGUAACGAUUCCCAAAGAUUUGGCAGGAUCUAUCAUUGGAAAGGGAGGCCAGAGAAUCAAACAAAUACGUCAUGAGUCAGGAGCUUCGAUCAAAAUUGAUGAACCGUUGGAAGGCUCAGAAGAUCGGAUAAUAACUAUUACAGGAACACAGGACCAGAUA